AUGAAGAUGUGGGGGAAACCAGCGAUCGGCGUACUCUUGUGCCUUUCGGUCGAGAGAAACGUCCGGUGGAGACGACCCGUGGUUGAGAAAAGCAAGCCUGCAGCCCAGGACAUAACCCUCAGCACAGACGUGGUUUCUGUCGAUAGGGCCGUAUGGAACGAAGUUGGGGGCAUCGAGGUGAUAACGUUCAGCGAAGACUUCCGUCGCUGUCGGAACGGUGGCGAUAUCCUCAUCCACGCCGUAAGCCAUCACGAGGAGAUGUUUGGCAGCUUCAGGAGAGAAGAGAUAGCCUCCAACGUAGGCAGAAUGAAUCGGCGACAUAAUGACGGGGAAGACGUCACGUGGACGUGUCGCGGGCCGCCAGCCGCGGUUAGCGCUCAACCUCAACCAUCCUCGAACUCCGCACUUUCUGAACAGUCCCGUGAGGCGUGGUCUCGACCACAAGCGGACAACAAUGCGUCUGCACACGCUCCAAUUGUUCCAACGAGUACAAAACUCCUCCGCCAGCGCUUUUCUUAUGUUUCUCCACCGUCCACGAUCCACUGUCUGCCACCGCCACCAACCACUUUCAACCACUCUGCUCCCCUCGCGCUCUUCUCUGGCUACUCCCCCAUCAUUUCCAAGGCCAAUAAAAUGAAGCAGAAAACCAUCGCUGAGAACGAUAAGGGUUCGGAAGCACAAGCGGCACAGAAGGAGCGAGAAAAAGCAGCACGGGCGUCCAAGAAGGAGUUGGCGGAUGCAGCACGGGCUGCCAAGAAGGAGCAGGAAAACGCAGCGCGAGCGGCCAAGAAAGAGCUGGACAAGGCUGCCCGUGAUGGGCGUCGAGCUCGGCGAGAACAACAACAGGAUGGGCAACCCUCCCUCGAGGAAGAGGAGCGCACCAUGCGACGGAUCAACUUGCCUCCGACCAACUGGAACGACCUCCUCAAUCAUUGCGCAAGGGUCGUCCAUAGCAUGUCGCUGGCCCGUCCGAGUGACAACGUUACAGCGCGUACGGUAAAAGCUUUCGGUAAAGCUGUCGCUGCUAGGUGGUCAGGCUAUGUUUCGGAACUUCGGCAGAACCACCAGGCAAUGAACCGUGCAGGCGGCCCUGAAGAUGGGCGAGUUCCGUCGACCGGAGAUUCCGCAUCGCCAGUAAAUCAGGAACAGACGGAUACUCCGAUCUCAGCCCUCAAGCUGGACUCCAACGUGGAGUUCACAUUUGACGAUCUAGAAGACAUGCUUUUUUCUUACGCAGCCAGGCUGGAAUCUAGAGAGUACGAUCCAACUUUACUCAUCGCCGGUUUUGGCACCUCGUUCAAUUAUUUUGCUUUCAGCCCCAAAUGUAAGAAGGUUAGGCAUAUGGUGCUCAGAACAAUUCAACAGAUCAACGAAGUCAAGAGUGGUAUCAAGAAAGAGGAAUAUCCGGAAGAGCCAUGCCUGUCUUCGCCGGAUCCGCGGAUGACUCGCGCCAUGAGCCGCGAACCCAAGACCGAGGAGCCCGAAGAGAUAGAUCUUACGCAUAUUGACCGCCUUGUCGAUGGCGAUAUUCUUGCAGAUAUCACCCUGCUCUUGGCCGAAUACAAGAAGACUCUCGUGCGCCUCCUUGUUCUCACUACAUCGCUCGGUACUAACCCUUGUGCUGGCACUCGGUCAUGGCAGAGUAAUGACGGUAAGGACUUCGCGAAGCUUGACACGGUGAUGAAUAGGCUCUGGAAGUGCCCGCCUGCUCCGAGCUUCGAUCCGACGAAGCCUCCUUGUGAUCUGGACGAGUUCAAGGCACGCAUCGCACCUUGGGUUCCGAAAGCGAUCGAACGCCUCUCUCGGGAAACCACCCGCUAUGAGGCUAGCCUCGACGCUGUGGUUGGCUCGCUUCUGGCGUGCAAUUUCACUGCCGACGGGGGAUACUCUCUCCGCGCACAGUGGAAGCUCAACCAGCCAUGGUACUUGUGUGCUACCAAGAAGACUUCAAAGAAGCACCGUGAUUCACUUGGAAGGGAGGUUUCGGAGACCUACAUAAUCCCAGAGUUCACCAUCAUCUGUCUCGACGAGGAUGGGAAACCGCUGAAGGUCAUCCUCGUGGUCGAGGACAAGCGUACCGCCAACCCGGUAGUUCAGCUCCAAGAUUACGCUGCAUACCUCGGCGAGAAGCACAAUGACCUCAUUGGUCUUGGAUGUCGCCUGGGGUCUACACGAGACGGUGACGGUAUUCAAGCGCUCAUCUGCAGUUACAACGGCGACAAGUUCUUUGGACCUCAGCACAAGACGACCGACGUUACUCGCCGCGCAUACUGGUACUCGAUCAUGGACGACUUCAUCCUGGAGACUCUGUUCAACCUGUGUCGCGACAACUGGCGCUUGGCUGAUAAGGCUAAGGACAACUAG